AUGGGAACUGUCAUCAUCAUCGUCAUCAUCAUCAUCGUCAUCGUCAUCAGCAAUUCUGGUCACAGCAGGGGCUGGGUUUCUAAGGCAGUCGUGAUCUUUCUCUUCCUACAGACGCCGCUGCCGCUCCAGUCGGCGCGGGGGCACAGCCGGGGGCAGCGCGAGGGGGAGACGGCGACGGGGUUCCUGGGGCCGGGCAGCCGCUCAGCCCCGGCCCGGAGAGGGCCCCGACAUCAUGUGAUGCAGGAAGAGAGCACAAAUGAUAUGGAAUGUGAGCAGGUGCCAGCAGAGACGCUGCGACAAGUGAUCGUUCACCGAGACCCUAUAUAUGGCUUUGGCUUCGUGGCUGGCAGUGAGCGGCCUGUGGUGGUGCGGUCUGUGAGGCCAGGAGGCCCCUCUGAGGACAAGCUCCUGGUUGGUGACCAGAUUGUGGCUAUUAAUGAGGAGGACGUGAGUGAAGCCCCCAGGGAGAGGUUCAUAGAACUCAUCAGGAGCGCUAAGGAAUUCAUCGUUCUUACAGUUCUGCACACUCAUCAGUCCCCCAAAUCUGCCUUCAUCAGUGCUGCGAAGAAGGCCAGGCUGAGAUUGAAUCCUGUGAAGGUCCGAUUUUCGGAGCAGGUGGCAGUUGGAGAAACAGACGCAAAAAUGAUGAAGAAAGAAGCUCUUCUCCUCAUCCCCAACGUCCUGAAGGUUUUCUUAGAAAAUGGACAGAUCAAAUCAUUCACGUUUGACGGCCGGACCACUGUUAAGGAUGUGAUUGUGACAUUACAGGACCGUCUUUCACUGAGGUACAUUGAGCACUUUGCUCUUGUCCUUGAGUAUGCCGGGCCGGAACAGAACCACAAGUUCCUGCUUCUCCAGGACAAGCAACCCCUGGCUUACGUGGUACAACGGACACACUAUCAAGGAAUGAAAUGCCUCUUCCGAAUAAGCUUCUUUCCCAAAGACCCCGUGGAGCUGUUGCGUCGGGAUCCUGCCGCUUUCGAGUACCUGUACAUCCAGAGUCGGAAUGAUGUUAUUCGAGAACGCUUUGGAAUGGAGCCCAAGCCGGAGAUGCUUUUGGGUCUUGCUGCUCUCCACAUCUACAUCACCGUCUCAGCCACUCGACCUAGUCAGAAGAUCUCGCUCAAGAAUGUGGAGAAGGAAUGGGGCCUGGAACCCUUUCUUCCCCCAUCCCUCCUACAGGGAAUCAAAGAGAAGAACCUCCGGAAAUCUCUCUCUCAGCAACUGAAGGCCCACCAAAUGCAUCCUUCCAGCGGCACCAAGGGCUCUGCAAUUCAGGCAAAGCUCCAGUAUCUUCGAAUUCUGAAUGAACUUCCAACCUUCACAGGCGUUUUGUUCAACACUGUGGGCCUGGACGAGAAGCAGUCAGCCACCACUCUCCUGGUGGGACCCCGUCAUGGCAUCAGCCAUGUUAUUGACCUCAAAACCAACCUCACCACUGUGCUGUCCGAGUUCAGCAAGAUCAGUAAGAUCCAGCUGUUCCGGGAGAACCAGGGCGUGGCCCGGGUGGAGACCAGCAUCAUGGAUGCCAAGCCUCUGGUGCUGCUGAUGGAGUGGCCUGAAGCCACCAACUUUGCCUGCCUGAUUGCGGGGUACUGCCGUCUCCUCCUGGACUCCAGGAAGAUGGUCUUCUCCAAGCCUGCCAGCCAGCCUCUUCCACCUCCAAUGAUCAAGGCAGAUUACAUGCACAGCGCCCACCGCCCUGUCACUGGGGGCCACCUGGGGAAAAAGGAGAGUAGUUAUGUGGGCAGCGUGGGCACCAGCCCUAGGAAGUCGAGCCGCUGCACGCCCCCGCCAGCCGACUCUGAGCUUGUCAGCUUUUGCUACCUCCACAUGCGGGAACAAAGGAAGGAGCAGGAAAGCCGGACAGAUGUCAACGAGAACUUAAUCUUCUUUGAGGAGACCAGGCCCCGGACCAAGUCUGAUCCCACAUCCAAAAGCUCUGGCCAAGGUUAUGAAGUGAUCCCCAAUGACUUGGAUGCCGCCAGCCUAGACCAUGAGCCUUGUGCCAGCAGGGCCCGGUCCUACACCUUGGAUAAUUCCCUUGGGGCUGAAGCCCUGAAUUUCUACUGUGACUCUUGCAAAGCCAAACUCCAGGAGCAGUUGGGCCCUCGCAAAGGUGGGAGGCCUGGCUCCUCUCGUGACAAUAUGGUAGACUUGAUGUCCCUUCCACCACCUGGGAGCGAGGAGGAAGAGGAGGAGGAAAAUGAGAGCACUUCGCUGUUGCCUGCCAUUGCCGCCCCACCUCCCGGUUUCAGAGACAACAGUUCUGAUGAAGAUGACCCCAAGCGCCGGGCAGCCCAGAGCCAGGAGCAAGGACGUCACCUGCGUGGGCUCCUGUACGAUGAGAUUCCAGUGACAUUGAUUGACAGCGUGCAGACCCGGACAGUUCGAGAUCAUGCCCAGGAGCUAGAUGAUGCCCUGGUGUCCACUCUGCAGGCUCUGGAAGCCCUGGCAGCCUCAGAGGAUGGACCACACCCCCCACCCCCACAGACCGCAGGUCUGAUUGUGCUGGCCACAAUCACCCCUGAAUCAUCGCUGGACUCAGGCCAUGAAACCAACUCUUCAGAGCUCACGGACAUGUCAGAGAUGAUGUCGGCCAUGAAGCAGCACCAGAACACCACCUACUUCCUGGCCCAGCACCUCAACAAGGAUACCCUCCUGGCUCGCAAGGACCUGCCCUUCCGGAUCCAGAGCUGUGCAGCCCAGGCUGUCCUCACGGCCCCUUACUCUCUUGGGCGCCCGGAUCCCAACCCAUCCCUGCAGCCAGCGGUCACAGGCCAGAGUCCCGGCCACCCUGGCGCUCGGAGGAAGCUGCCCCAGGCAGAGUCCCAACCACAGCGAGAGCGAGCAUACGCCCUGGCAGUGCACCCGGCAUUGUCCCCACAGCUUAGUGAGCAGAAGAAUCUGAGCCUGCUGCCCCCCGUUCCUGAGGACAAAGGGCCUGGCCCCAGUAGGGCAGGCCUGGAGAUGUCACUGAGGGCCACCACGCCAUCCCUCAGUGAAGAGCAGGUCUCUGAGCUAAGGGAGAACCUGCCCAAAGAAGUCAGGUUGAGCCCCAAGCUUAUCCUCGACCCAAAGGGCAGCGUGACCCCAGCUAUCAUCUCAGCUGCCCUACAGCACGUGGUUCACACCAAGAGCCUCCCUGCCCCUGGCAGGGCCCUGGGCAACCCUCCCAGCAGUGGGGAGAGAAGGCUAGAGGCCAGCAUGGGGAGGCCUGAGGUCAACAUGGGAAGGCCAGAAGUUAGCAUGAUGAGCGGUAGUGCCAGUAAUAAUCUGAAGUUCAAAAUGAGCCCCAGUGCUCCAGAGACGUCCCGGAAUUCCCAGCAGCAGCUGAGCCCAGAGGUCUCCUCUGGCUCCAGGGUGCUCACGGGCAGCCGGGCUGACAGCCUGCAACUCUCCCCACAAGAGGACAGACUGCCUGUUCAGAGUUUCCCUCCUAAAAGCUACCUUUCCCGAGUGAGUCGAGAGUCACUGAGCAAGCCAUGCAUAGGGGAGGUGGUGGGCAAGGCCGGGCCCGAGGGUGCUAAGCCUGCCCUGCACAAGCAGGGCACCGUCUCCAGCCAGGGGGAGAAGGGGCAGCUGGAGGGCACGCCCCAAAGCAGCAAGAUAGAGGAGACAAGCCUGGUGCCCCGAGCUGGCUACGCCAUGGCUCUACAGAGCCCCAGCUGCCAGGCGCGAGGCCACAGCCCCAACAGCCAGUCCCGAGGCCAGAGCCCCAGCUGCCACCCUCGAGGCCAGAGCCCACUGAGGCCCCAGGCUACCAGCCGGCAGGUGAGCACCAUGCCCUCCAGGAAGCUCGAAACAACCCUGGAUGGAGCCCACUCGGCCCCCAAGGGCCCUGCAAAGCCCAAAUCGUCCCGAGGGCCCUUCCGGCUGCGCAAUUUAUUCUCUGCCACCUUCCCGACCCGCCAGAAGAAGGAGACCGAUGAGCGGCAGGCCCAGCUGCAGAAGGUGAAGCAGUAUGAGCUAGAGUUCCUUGAGGAGCUUCUAAAGCCACCAAGCCAGGGGGAGCUGCCAAGCACUGAGUACCUGCAGCCCCCGGCCCCAGGCCGCUGCAGCUGUCAGCUGCGCAGCAGCCCGGUGCAGCAGGGGCCUGGCAUGUCCCGAGAGCAGAGGCGCAGCUGUGACUGCAAGCGCAUCUGCCGGGGUAGCCGGCCCCAGGCCCCCCAGACGCCAGUGCCUGGCCUCCGGGGAAGGGAGAGGGAGGGGGUCACCCCAACCCAGAGGCAGCCAGAGGCUGGCCCAGGCCUGAGCCUCAGCAGCCCCACCACCAUCGGGCGCAUCCGCUCCACCAGCCUGGAAUCUCGAGAGUGCCGAUCGGACCCCGAGACCGGUGUGUCCUGCCUGACCACGUGUGCCUCGGGGGGCGAGUGUCUGGGAGCCCCCAACUAUAGGAAACUGAUGCGCCGCUAUAGUAUCAACGAACUGGACCAGGGUGACAGGGCCUCUCUGACCUCGGACGUCUACCCACACCCACCCCUGGGCAUGCUGCCCAGGGAGCCCAAGGAGAUAGAGGCAGGCCUCCCCCUAGGCUUGUGUCCCAAAAACAAGUCACUGGAGUCACCGACCCUGGGAGACCCCUCAUAUGUCCAGGUCACCCCUGAGACCAAAGGCCCCAGACAGAUGGCCGUGUUCUCACUGCCGGAAGAGGUGUACCGGAAGCCUGCUGAUCUGGACGAGGACAGUGAGAGCAGCAAGUGCUGCUCCAUCCGCUACUGCUUCUAUUACCGCAAGUGUGAUAUGGCAGAUGAUGCCAGUGAUGGCAAGGACGAGCUCUCCUACUCCAUCCCCAUGAAGAUCCUGCCCGGCAUGAAGCUGGAUGAGCAGGUGGUGCCCGUGGUGAGCAGGACCCUGCAGGUGCUAGAUGCCACCACCUGCAGCAGCAGCAGCCCCGAGGUCUCCCGCACCCAAGAGAUUGACCUACGGGGGUCCACCUUUGAAGGGAGCCUGGCCAAGAUCAAUGCCCUGCGGGCCCAUGCCUACGGCCUGCCUGACGGUUUCCUGGCUGCCCGGCUGGACACCAACGAGCUGUUGACAGUCCUGCGGCAGUGCGUGGCCAGCCCCGAGGCUCGCGCCCCUAAGCCCUACGUCUCUCAGAUCUCUGAGUACAAGCUCGAGCUGGCUCUCAAGUUCAAGGAGCUCCGGGCCUCCUGCCGCCGCGUGGCCAACGUGGACAAGAGCCCGACUCACAUGCUGGCAGCCAUCACGGGCAGCUUCCAGGUGCUGAGCAGCCUCAUUGAAACCUUUGUGCGGCUGGUGUUCAUCGUGCACUCUGAGGCCCAGCGCCAAGAGCUGCUGGCCAAGGUAGAAGAGGUGGUGAGGAACUACACCUUCCUACUGCGUGCCGCUGAGGAGUCCACCACCCGGAACCUUAACCAGCAGCAGCAGCAGCAGCAGCAGCAGCAGCAGCAGCAGCAGCAGGCAGCAGCAGCUACAGGGCACCCACCAGGCUCCCCAACGUCAGCGACUGUUAUGAGCACAUUCACCCACUCCUUAAAAACCCUUAUCAAGUAAGGCAUCCGCCCAGGCCUGCCCCCUCCCUUUCCCUAACCACAGCCCCAGGUUUAAGCUUUGUGGUCUUUGCAUCUUGUGGUGAGUGUAUGUGUCCGCCGGGCCGGUCAGGGUCCGAGAGCCUUCAGUCUUCAGGGAGUGGAAACUCCCCGGAUUGAGGAUGUCCCAGAGGGCUCCGGACAGCUGCCACCCUGGGUAUCCUCACCCCUUCCCUGGCCUCUGGUCGUCACUGUGAGGGCCAAGGCCCCUCGUCACUACGCCUGCCUGCCGCAGAGCUGUAAUUUAUCUCUUCUUUAGGGCUGACAGGUGACAUCAAGCUCACCUUCCUGCUCCGUUUUGGGGCCCCGGGGAGCCAGGGCCUGAGGCAGGCAAGCCCACAGGCCUCGAGCUCCUCCUGGCACAUGCUCCCCUCCAGGGAGCAGUGGCAGUAGCACCAGGGCACAGUGCCCAGCAGAGGGGAGAGGGCACUCAGCCCAGAUGUGCCCGCCCACCAUGGGCUCACACUCACUUGGCAGACGCCACCCUAGAGGCCCUGCACCCAGGUGACAGGUCUGCAGAAAACAGCCACUCGGGGCUGUUUGCAGCCAGCCCAAGAGGCUGGGAGGCUUGGGAGCCCUCACCCCAGGCCCAGUAGCUCCACACCAGCCAUCCCCAAAGUGCCCUGUCCCUCACUAAUGGGCAGGGUGGCUCAGUCCACUAGGGAGCAAGCAUCUGGGUCACCCCACUUGUUCUGGAUAAGGUACCUGGUGAAAACGUCUGCCCUGGGGAGACCUAGCGCAGGCCUCGGAGCCCGCCUGGCCCAGUCCAGCCCAGCGCUGGGGCUGUCGCCACAGGCAUGCGGUUCCUCUCAACAUCUACCAGACAGACUGUCCUUAGGAGUUUGACUUAGCUACGGA